AUGUCUAAGGUUGGUCAAGUUGAUAAUGAUCAUAAUGAUGCAUUUACAAAGUUCCAACAACAGUUAGACGAACAGAUGGCCUUACUUCAAACUUUGAGUGCUACUAUCAAUGAGGUGCGAUUGAAUCAAGAGCCUCAAUAUCGAGAUCCAAUUAAAGAAGAUGUGGAUAAUCAACCUCCUAUUCAUAGGCGCGCUCCUAGACGUGUCCCUAUAAUCAAAUAUGAUUUUCAUGAUCAUGGACAACCUUCUUUGGCCAAACCAAAGAGCGAGCAGCAACGAGAACAUCUCUUUCAUACCCGCUGCCAUGUACAAGGUAAGAUUUGUAGAGUUAUUAUUGAUGGUGAAAGUUGCUCAAACGUAGCCAGCACGACAAUGGUGGAAAAGCUUUUCUUAAAUACUACCAAGCAUCCACGACCUUAUCAACUACAAGGGCUUAGCAACGAAGGCCAAUUUAAGGUCACUCAACAAGUGCGCAUCGCCUUUUCUAUCGGUAAGUAUCAAGACAAAGUCGUGUGUGACGUAGUGCCUAUUCAAGCCUACCAUUUGUUGCUAGGAGAACCAUGGCAAAUGGAUCGAAAGGUCACUCACGAUGGUCGUACCAAUAGGUCUGUAAAGGAAUGUACGUCGAGAGACAAUGCCAAGGCUACACCAAGGAAGUGGCACACUAGGUUGUUAUUCAUACAGAGGAAAAUAAGUGGCGUGUCAAAGUCUGGGCAUAAGUUCAUUAAGUAG